AUGGCGGCGACACAAGGUGGGUGCGGACGGGGUGGAGCGGGGCAGGGAGGACGUCGGGGCGGGCGCGGACGGGGCGGCGCGGGGCGGGCGCGGACGGGACGUCGGAGCCCUUGCGGGACGUCGGGGCGGCGCGGGGCGGGGAGGACGUCGGGGCGGCACGGGGGCGGGGAGGCGCGGGGCGGGCAGGACGGCGGCGCGAGUCGGGAGGACGGCGGCGCGGCGUGGGUCAGGGCGGGGACGACGGCGGCGCGGCACGGGGAGAGGGUGGCGGCGGCGGUUGGGGGAGAGAAACGAGUGGAGGAGAGGAGACGUGCAACGAGUGGAGGAGAGGAGGGCGUGCAGCGACUGGAUAAGGUUGGACCUAAGCCGACGGCCUAG